AUGCACCUUCAACGCGGUGUCAGGCCGGGUGGCCUGAAGGCAUCCAAGUGGGCAUCCGCCCCUGAUUCUUCAUCGUCAUGGGCCACACGUGACCCCUCCCACUACAUCCCGCGAUCCUCGGCCAUCAAUCCGGCAGUCCCCAUCAGUUCAGAUUCAGAAAUUCCCGUCCAUUCGGCCCCCUCCAACAACGACCGAUGGUGGGAGCAAACCCCCACCCCAAAAUUGAAACGGGAAGCUGUGGCCCCUUCUGCCACUGGUGUCCAUCCUGGUCCCACAGCUCUGUCUGGGAGUGGGAGCAGUAACAACCACGGCCUCGUGUCCUCCCAACGAGAGUUCCGCCGCUAUGUCCAGAUUGUUCGCCGCAUGAAGUGGAAGCUGCCCUACCUCCAGUACGGCUAUCAUCUGGCCGUCAGCGGCCACAAUCCUGACCUUCAAGAGGCCGAGCUGAUGUUCAAGCUUGACUUCUACGAGUACUAUAUGCUUCUCGAGAGAGCCCUUGUCCAUCUGCUCGGCGUAUUCGGCGUCGCCAUCUCCCCUGGCCGUUCGCAUCAGAACGGCAACGGCCGGGGUGACGGGAAUGCCAACGGCACCGCAAGGGGCGCACAUCAUCAGUACCAUCAGAACGUGCUGGCCGCGCUGGACUCCAAGCAGAACCCCUUGCAUGCGGCCCUGGGCACUGGCGAAGUGCGACAGCACCUAGGCCGCGCCAAGGAGCUGCGGAACCGCUGGAAAUACGCCGAGGACCCGGCAGAGGCGGCCGCGACCCAUGCCAUGACCCUCGGCGCCGGUGCCAGAGGAGAAGACCUCAACCCCGUCACUGGCCGUGCCCCAUUGGAAAGUUACGAUCUGGACUCCAUGUUCAAAUUCAUCUUCAACGGCUUCGACCAGGGGUACGCCAUCGCCGAGGCCUGGAUCGACGACUUGGCCCGCCGCGCCGAUAUGGUCCCUGACGCCUGGACUCCAGCCAUGCAAGCCAAGAGAAUAGCCGAGGAGGAGGCCGAGUUCGACUUUAUCGUCGACGCCAUGGACUGGGAGGCCGUCUAG